UUGGAGAGCCGGGCCAGAGCCCGCGCGGAGCCCGCGGGUCAGGUCACCGCCUUCGGGGUGCCUUCCAGCCUUGGAAUCAGGAAGGGCGCGGACCCGCAGGAGGUAGAUGGGCCUGUGGCGGGACCACGGCGGGCCUCCUCUGCUGGCACCCCCCCUCCACGGCCUACAGGGUGCGCCUGGCGUCGUUUUGCCGCUCAGGGUUUGCGGAGCUCAGAAAGCAGAACGGAUACCGCGGCCGCCUAAUUUUUCGGUGACCUGCCGCGGGGAGGACGGGGAACAUUCGGCGAGUCCUGACUGUCGGCCUGGGCUGCCGGCGAGAUCUCCGUCACUGCCCGCGACCCCCACACCAGCCUGCCCUGCGGGUCCGUUCGUGGGUCCGUCUUGGCCACGAGAAGAGCUCGCCUCGCGUGUCCCCAGCGACGCUCACCAGCCCGUCCACUGAGUCUCGUGGUGUCCUGGGAUGCUUCCUGUUGCCGACUCUGAGGUCUGCGUCUCCUGUAGGACCAGCUCUGCUGACCACCGCCGCACCUCCUGCGUUUAGCUCCGACCUGUGCAGACACGCCAAGGCAGGGGCAGGUUGAGAAUCUGUCUCUGAGAACCUGAAACUUUUCCUGCCGAGACGCCGCCCGCCCGCCCGUAUUUCCCAGCAGCCUUCCACCCCAGAACGUUCCAGAAAGAAUCCCACAGGGAGGGGGUCACCUCCCUGCUGCAGCCAAACAGACCUCACCCACCACUACCAGCGUUAAGUCAGAACGGCCAGAGGAAGAUUCUGCCAGCAUUUCCCUUGAGCUGGUCUGCAGACCCCUUCGGCUGGGAACCUGUCCCAGGAGCUCUCCGUCGGCAAACAGAGAGCCCACAGUGCCUCGGGAAAAAUUGGCUGAAUAAAAGGGCAAUCAGGACGCCACGGCUCCGCCUGAAGCGAUGGCCCAGCCCUACCCCCCCGCCCAGUACCCCCCUCCGCCACAGAACGGCAUCCCUGCCGAGUACGCGCCACCCCCUCCGCACCCCACGCAGGAGUACUCGGGCCAGACCCCGGUCCCCCCGGAGCACGGCAUGACCCUGUACACACCAGCACAGACCCACCCCGAGCAGCCGGGCCCCGAGGCCAGCACGCAGCCCAUCGCUGGGGCCCAGACUGUGCCGCAGGCAGACGAGGCGGCACAGACGGACAGCCAGCCGCUCCACUCCUCCGACCACACAGAGAAGCAGCAGCCCAAGCGGCUACACGUCUCCAACAUCCCCUUCCGGUUCAGGGACCCCGACCUGCGGCAAAUGUUCGGGCAAUUCGGAAAAAUUUUAGACGUGGAGAUCAUUUUUAACGAGCGGGGCUCCAAGGGUUUUGGGUUUGUAACUUUUGAAACUAGCUCAGAUGCUGACCGAGCCCGGGAGAAGCUGAAUGGGACGAUCGUAGAGGGACGGAAAAUUGAGGUCAAUAACGCCACAGCCCGCGUCAUGACCAACAAGAAGACUGCGAACCCCUACACUAACGGCUGGAAGCUAAACCCCGUGGUGGGCGCAGUCUAUGGGCCUGAAUUCUAUGCAGUGACGGGGUUCCCCUACCCCACCACGGGCACGGCCGUAGCCUACAGGGGCGCGCACCUACGGGGUCGGGGCCGGGCGGUGUAUAAUACGUUUCGGGCUGCGCCGCCCCCGCCCCCCAUCCCAACUUAUGGAGCGGCACUGGAGCAAACGCUUGUUAAAAUGCCAGUCCCAUGGGCAGGGCUGGCACCCUGCCCCCUCCCUCCUCAGCAGACGCCGGAGCCGGCCUGCCCACCACUCUCUUGUCCGUUUGCUUCCAGGGUCGUGUAUCAGGACGGCUUUUAUGGUGCUGAGAUUUAUGGGGGCUAUGCAGCCUACAGAUACGCUCAGCCUGCAGCAGCAGCCGCGGCCUAUAGCGACAGUUACGGCAGAGUCUAUGCGGCCACCGACCCCUACCACCACACCAUCGGCCCCCCAGCGACCUACAGCAUCGGAACCAUGUGAGAGCUUCCACCGUUUCCUUCUUGGACCAUGAAGGGCAAAACAAAAAACAAAAACAAAACAAAACAAAAACAAACAAAAAAAAAUCACAAAACAAAAAACAAAACAAAAAAAGAUGUUAAGAUCCAAGCAGCAACAAAACCAACCAAACCAAGAAGCAUCCACCACGUCCGAGUGGCGCGUGGCAGCAGCGCACAUCGCAGCGAGGGAGCACGUCCGGCGGGCCCCCGCCCCUCCCCGGCCACGGCGCUGGCGGGAUGGGGAGAGCAGGAGGGGAAGGGGCCUCGUUUUCUACCAAGUCUUCCUUUCCGGCCCCCCACUCCCAGGGCACGUGGGGCCCAGCGGAGGAACGGGCCACAGGCCUGCGCAGGGGAGAGCAGCCAGCGGGACCUGACCUUGUUGCCGACCGUGCCGGUGGAGGGGACGGCCGGGCCGGGCUGGGCGCGGGGGGCGGCCGCUCAUUCCCGGGGUCUCUGGCUCCAGCCCGUGCCCGUCACCCUCACGUCCGGCUGUCUAGGCCCCAGCUCCCCCACUCUGCCGUGCCGCCAGUGCCCACAUCCCAGCGAAGGCGUUUGCGGGCCACCAGAGCCGGUCCGACCAGCAGCCCUGGGGCCCGACCCCAACACCAAGGAAGGGCUGACAUGGUUCCAGAACUGUGGGGCGCCCAGGCCCCCCAGUCCGGUGAGGGGGCUCCCGGGCAGCCUGGACAGGAUCAUUCCCCUUACCUAAGAGCACCGGGAGGGUAAGGACCUCGGGGCUGAGGACACGCUCUGGCUCUGGCCGGUUCCUGUUCCCUUUCUGGAGGCGGCCCUGGGCCUGGUCUGUGGGAGGGAAGGCAGGCCUCGUGCCACCUGCUGGACCGAGCCCUCCCCACCGCUGCCCUGCAGGGGAGCAGAGGGCGGGCGGGCCAGUGCAGCACGGUGAGGUCCGGAAUCGCGGUGCCGCGGGGCUGGACGGCCAGGCCAGAGCAGGGAGAGCGAGGGGUGGGAAAGGCCCAGAGGGGUGCCCGGGUCCGGUCCCAGGGUGGCUGGAGAGCAGACCGUAGGCAGCAGGGAGGAGGCCCUGGCCAGGCAGGGAUAGCUGGAGUAGGGAACAGCAAAAAAUAACAAACAUAGGCUCCCAACAUGGCUCCACUGUCUCAUGAAACGUAAAAAUUAAAAAAUAAAAAAAAAAAAAAACCACCUCACUUUAUAUAUUCAGCAUCAGCUCCUGAAGUGAGCCCCUUUUCUAUUCCUGUUGUACAGAGCCCCGCCCCGCCCCGCCCCUCCCGUCCAGAGCCCCCUCUUCUUGCGGCAGCUCCGCCCCCGG